AAGAACUUGGCACAAUUCUCAGACCGGAGUAGAUUCCGAAUACGCUCCGGCUUAUCUGCGCAGUCAUGGUCCAUGAAUCCUGGAGUCUGAGAUUCUUGCGCACAAGCAAGGGUUUCCUUUGCUUCACUCAUGCCACUUCACAACAGGACGUGUCAAGGAGUUCACUUCUCUUGCUGAUCAAAGGUCCAGCUGACAGAGAUAUUUCAGCCUAUUUGGCCUCCUCGGGAGUUACUUAGCAGAGACGCACGUUGAUGGGCUUCAGAGACAAGUGAAGCUCAUCCUCCAGUUGCCUCCCACACUCACCAACUCGCCGAGGUUUAUAUAUAUCUUAGCAUCCUGUCUGGUACUCUCAUCCAUGGAAUAAAGACACGAGUAGUUAGAGCUUCAAACUCAAGGAAAAGCCAUGGGUGUCUUGACUCUGGUUCAUAUCCUUGUCAGCUUUGCUGCCUGUGCCGAGGCCAUAAGGAGAGCCGACUUCCCCCCUGGUUUUACCUUUGGGACUGCUUCCUCAGCUUACCAGUACGAGGGUGCUGUCAAUGAGGGUCAGCGUGGACCUACGAUAUGGGAUACUCUCGCAAGUCGACCCGGGAGGGUGAUAGAUUUCAGCAAUGCAGACGUUGCCGUUGAUCACUACCAUCGUUACAAGGAAGAUGUUGACUUAAUGAAGGAUAUUGGUGUGGAUGCAUACCGGUUCUCUAUCUCAUGGGCACGCAUCUUCCCAAAUGGAACAGGCAAGCCUAAUGAAGAAGGGUUGAGUUACUAUAACAGCCUCAUAGAUGUUCUAUUAGAAAAAGGUAUACAACCAUAUGUAACACUAUUCCAUUGGGACCUUCCACAAGCACUGGAGGAUAAAUAUGGUGGCUGGUUAAACUCGCAAAUCGUGGAGGAUUUUGUUCACUAUGCCUCUACUUGCUUCAAGGAGUUCGGAGAUAGAGUGAAGCACUGGAUCACCGUUAAUGAGCCCCAUAACUUUGCAAUUGACGGCUAUGAUUUUGGCAUCCAAGCACCUGGGAGGUGUUCCAUUAUAUCUCAUUUGUUCUGCAAGGAGGGUACAUCAUCAACUGAACCCUAUAUUGUGGCUCACAACAUACUCUUAGCUCAUGCUGGUGUUUUUCAUGCUUACAAACAACAUUUCAAGAAAGAACAAGGAGGCCUCAUAGGAAUUGCACUGGACUCCAAGUGGUAUGAACCAUUGUCGGAUGUCGAUGAAGACAGAGAAGCAGCAGCACGAGCUAUGGACUUUGAGCUUGGAUGGUUCUUGGAUCCGUUAAUGUUUGGCCGCUACCCAGCUUCUAUGCAGAAACUUGUAGGCGACAGACUGCCCCAGUUUUCAAACCAGGAAUCACAGUUAGUAUCUGGGUCACUAGAUUUUGUAGGCAUAAACCACUACACAACAUUAUAUGCUAGGAACGACAGGAUGCGGGUAAGGAAACUUGUGAUGAAUGAUGCUUCAACCGAUGCUGCUGUCAUCGCAACUGCUUACAGGCAUGGAAAGAAAAUAGGAGAAACGGCAGCGUCGAAUUGGCUGCACAUAGUUCCCUGGGGCAUGUUCAGCCUGAUGAAACAUGUUAAGGAGAAGUAUGGGAAUCCACCCGUGUUCAUUACAGAGAAUGGCAUGGACGACGCAAACAGCCGGUUCUCAAGGUUGGAAAAUGUCCUGCAGGACGAUAAGAGGAUACAGUACCACAACGACUACAUGUCCAACCUCCUGGAUGCUAUAAGGAAGGAAGGGUGCAAUAUCCUCGGCUACUUCGUGUGGUCGCUGCUGGACAACUGGGAGUGGAACUCGGGGUACACGGUGCGGUUCGGCCUCUACUACAUCGACUACAACAACAACCUGACGAGGAUACCCAAGGCGUCCGUCGAGUGGUUCACCCAGGUUCUAGCCCGGAACCAGAAGACAGCUGCCGUCAUGUAGAUAACAAACAGUAGAGUGAUUCUUCAGUCACCAUUCCAAUUGUGCAUAGUUACCAUUUACACACAUACGUACAUACCUUGUUAGUAGGCAAAAUUGUAACUGGAGAAUUCCCUACACGACCGCCAGCAAUGCCCUCGACGUGUCGUGGUUGUGCUUGUAUAGUGAUGUUACGGAGAUCAACAAGAGAGUUGUACAUCCCAUCAUUUUUAUUAGUGUAUGUGGAUAACAGUAAACAGUGAUUCUUCA